UUCCUCCGCGCCGAGAGCCGCGAGCCGCCGCCGCCGCGCUCCGCCAUGCCGAAACACGAGUUCUUUGUGGACAUGACCUGUGAAGGCUGCUCCAAUGCGGUCACCCGUGUCCUGCACAGGCUGGGAGGUGUCCAGUUUGAUAUUGACCUGCCCAACAAGAAGGUGUGCAUCGACUCGGAGCACAACGUUGACACCCUCUUGGAAACACUAAAGAAGACUGGAAAGAACGCUUCCUACCUUGGGGAGAAGUCCGCGCAGUAGCCUUGCCUGGUGUGAGGAGGCUAGGAACUCAAACAUGACUUCAGCAAAAAGAUGGCUUAACGGUUUGCAUAUCUCCCAACUUGCUUUGUCAUUUCACCUUUACUACCCUGCCAGAUGUCGGAAAGCAGAGGGCUGGCAGGAGGAGACAGCUGCAUCUUGGGCUUUAAAAGUGGAGAAAUCUAGAGGAGGAGGUUACAUGCUGUUUCUAGUCCCACAGUAAAUCAAGGCGCUGCUUCUAUCUUUCAGUGCA